UAGUACGUUCGCUUUUACUUUAUGGCACAUUUCAUUUGGCCCUUGUGUCUUUGGUCUACCAACCGUUCCUCUCUCUCUAUCUCUGAUCACUCUCAUCACUGACUGAGUGAGGCCUGAGGACAGCUGAGGAGGAAGGACACAAGCACAAAGCACAUCCGCCAGCUCUUCCCUCUCCCCGGGUUGCGAUUUGGGGCAGCAGAAAAAGAAAGAAUGCGUGGAAUCUGCAUCUUCAAGUCCAAGCUUGCGUUUCUCCUGCUCUGCGUCUGGAUGCUGCUGGGGGCCGCUUCCGCCGCAAAAAUCCAUGCUCCGGCGGCAGGGAACCCGGCCAAUGACCUUGUGGCGCUGAUCAACGGCAAGAGGGCGGCGAGCAAGCUGCCCGCGCUGCGCAACAGCGCCGGCCUGGGGUGCAUGGCGCUCCAGUACAUCUCCGAGUGCAUGGCCAUGGCCGCCGCAGCCUGCAGCAGCGACAACACGGUGGCGUGCCAACCCCCGGAGGCCCACAUAACGGAGGUGUACGCCGCCAACUGCGGCGUGGAGCUCCCCACGGUGGACGUCAUCUCCGGCCGCCUCGUCGGCUGCCACCGGGAGCGCGCCGGCCCGAAGGACGCGCUGCAGGCCUCAGCCGCCGGCAACACCACCAAUGCCACCGUGAUCCUCGGCAAGGAGCACACCCAGGUGGGCGCCGGGUUCGACCGGGCGCACCGCCGGGGGCCCUUCUUCUGGUGCCUCCUCUUCAGCAGCGGCAGCGCCAACUCCACCUUCCUGCUGGAGGCCGGCGGCAGGGGCAUCCGGCAGACCCACGGCUGCUUCAGCGCUCCAGAUCGGACCUCGUGCAACGCCGCGCCGCGGCUCGUCGGCGCGGCGGCUGCGCCUGCACUCCCCCUCCUUGUCUUCCUUCUUCUCUCCUCCUGGUAACAAGCAAGGAAGGAAGAGCCUUGAACAUGAUGGUCUUGUCUUGUGAACCAACCAACAACAUUUGGCACGCCAGACUGAUUGAUUUCCCUUAGCUUUGGUUC